AUGAUAAAUGGCACUUCUACAUGGAAGGGACCCCCGCCGCCAAUGAUGCUCCAAUCAGCCACUGAAGGGAGCGUUUCUAGCCUCUUUAACCCUCAGCCUGCAUUGGUAACCUCUUCUGUUACUAAUGUCUCAUCAUCCACUGGGGCCGUAGGCCGUGAGCCUUAUGGCAAAAGGCCUGUAACCCAUGCCUCCAACACAACCAAUCUAAAUUUUCCAGCCCUUAUGCAACCACAACAAACUCCUAGCCAUCCUCAUUUCAAUGAACCUGUGACAAAGACGACAACCUCAACUGCCCAUGUAACUAACCCGGAAAUCUCUAGUGUGCACCGAAGUGGCCCAAGUGGAGGCACACCAAGGCCAUCCACACCAAGCCGGCAAAAUAUUUCUCAGACAAAUCCUGCGACAACUGCACUGACUACAGCUCCCCUUCCGGCAGCUUCCAACUACUCGGAU